AUGGAAAAGAGUUUUAAAAUUUCUAAAGCUUUGUGUGAUUUGGGUGUUAAUGUCUCAAUAAUGCCUUUGUCUAUUGCCAGAAAACUUGGAUUUCAAGAGAUACAACCUACUACAGUUACCUUGCAAUUAGCAGACAAAACAAUCAUGCACCCAAUUAGGAUUAUAGAGGAUGUUUUGCUUAAAGUUGGGCAUUUAUACAUUCCGAUGGACUUCGUUGUGCUCGAGAUUGGAGAUGAUGUUGAAAUUCCUCUUAUUUUGGAAAGACCAUUCUUAGCUACAGUUGGAGCAAUUAUUGAUGUGAAGAAUGGAAAAAUAACUUUUAGAGUUGGAGAGGAGGAAGUAGUGUUUAAUUUGUUCAAUGCAACUCAGUAUCCCUAUACAGAUAGUUGCUAUAAAGUGGAUUUGGUUAAAGAGGGUAAAGGUAAGCUUAGUCCACCACCUUCAACAAAGCUAGAGCCAACUCUUGAGACAAAACCACCACCAUUUUCCAGUCAUCUUGAUUUUGUGGUUGAACAGUGA